CCUUCCUCUCCCGCCACAUUCAUCUUGCCUCUUCUUCAUCUCCUAAUAGUGAUCGAAAUUAAUACAAAUAAUUAUUUGGACAAAUUUAAUACAUUGAUGGAGAAGUUAUAAUGGCAAAUCAAGUAUAUGAGGAUAACGAAGAACAUGAGGAUAAUACAUCAUACGAUGAUGAAUAUUCACCGAUCGAGGAUAUUUCGGAGGGUGCUCUAGACUAUAAAGAUCCAAUGAGAAGAGUUAAAAUUUAUCAUUUGAGUGAUCUUGGAGAGUGGAUUGACAAGGGAACAGGACAUAUUCACUGUGAAACUCAGGAUAACGAAACUAACCUUGUAUUAGUCUCAGAGUCUUCCGAUGAACGUUUAUUAUCAACACCAAUCUCAACAGAUGAUAUAUAUGCUUUACAAAAUGCAACUUUAAUCGUUUGGAAUGACCCAGUUCAAAAAAUUGAAAUGGCUCUUAGUUUCCAACAUUCUGAUGGAUGCAUUAUGAUAUGGAAAGUUCAAGGAAAACCUCCUGAUGGAAAGGAGGUUGUUGCAAGAAACAAUCAAGAAGAGGAAAGUGUAGAUGAUGAAAUUGUUGGUAUGGGACUAAAUGGAAGUUCUCUAAGUAUUGGAUCAACAGGUAGUAGUUUAGGAAAAAUUGAGUUACCUGAACCUAGUAUUAGUAAUCUAACAGCUAUACUAUCUAUAAUUACCGAUCAUAGAUUCAGAUUACCAAGUUAUAUCAAGUCUGAUUACAUUUUAAAAUUGUUCCAGGUUUUUGAUGAUUGUGAGGAUUUGGAUAGUGUUGAAAAUUGUCGGAUUUUAUUCAAAAUAUUCUCUGGAAUUAUAGCAAUUGAUGAUCUUGAAAUAUUGGAGAUACUAUUUUCUAAAAACAACAUCAUGAAGUUAAUUGGUGUUUUGGAAUAUGAUCCAGAUUUACCAACAAAAAAAGCCAAUCAUAGAAACUUUUUAAAUAAUCGUGUAAUUUUCAAAGAAGUUAUUCCAUUCAAUAAUCAUAAUGUUUUGGAUAAGAUUCAUCAAACAUUUAAAAUACAGUAUAUAAAGGAGACGAUUUUGGCAUCAAUUAUUGAUGACCAAACAUUUAGCACAUUAAGCACAAUAAUAUUCAAGAACAACACAAUGAUAAUCAAUUCCAUCAAGGAAGAUCAGGAAUUCUUGAAGAAGGUAUUUUCAACCCUAUUAGCAGAUGAUACUCCAAAAGAUAAACAAAGGGACCUUUCCAAGUUUCUUUCUGAAUUCUUUGCAUUGCUAAAACAUCAAAAUAUUAACAAUAAGAUAGAUACCUACAAGAGAUUAACUCUAGAUCAUCAAUUAUUGGAUGUUGCAGAGAAACAUUUACAAAAUGAAAAUGUUUCAAUCAGACAUAUUUAUUCCGAAAUACUUUUAUCUAUAGCACAGACGAUUCAUCUCUCUUUCCUAGGAGAAAUCAAACAAAGACAUUUAAGAAAUGAUUUCAACUUGCUAAAGGUAAUAAUCAAAACUAUUGUCAGCGAACCAGAGCUGGGCAUUCAAGACAAUUUGACAGAAGUCAUAAAGUUAUUAUUGGAUCCAGAGACCCUCCUUACCAACUCUGACGUAUUCAUUGACCAAUUUUAUAAGCAUCAUGUUGAAUUGCUUGCAUCUCCAAUUUUAAAUCCACAGACUACAAUUAAUCAUUUCACAAAACCUUCCAUCAAAGUCAGUUGCAUUAAUCAUGCAUUGGACUUACUUUCCUUUACAGUAAUUCAUCACAAACACAGAAGUAAGAACUUUUUAAUAGCGAAUGACAUUAUAUCUAAGGCCGUUCAUUUAUUGGAUGUUUAUAGGGAGAAGGAUUUGAUACUUGGCGUAAUUAGAUUCUUCAAGUCUAUUAUUUCGAGGGGUGACUUGCUACUUUGUACAAAUAUUUUGACCAACAACCUUUUUGAUCCAAUCAUGGAAGUUUGGAGAAGAAAUGGCUCAGUUUACAAUCUCAUUAAUUCUGCAAUUAUAGAUUUAUUUGAAGCAUUAAGAAAUACCACAACUGGUAGACUUAAGCAACAUUGUGUCGAACGAUUCAGACAAGAUUUUGAAGCUGUUAAUUAUGUUGAAACAUUUGCUCAACUUAUUGAGGAAUGUGAUCAACAAGAAAAUUCUGAAAACAAUAAUAAUGUAUCUCAACAAGAAAGUGAUGAUGCCUACUUUAAUGACAAUGAAGAAAUGCACAAGUCUAUGAUUGCACAAGAUUCACCAGAGCGAGCUUCUGUUGAAGAAGAGGAUGAUUUUUUCUUUACUCUUUCGAAACAUAAGGGUAGCAAUCAAGAUGAUGACGAUGAUGAAUCUGAUAUUUACUCUAAUAGAGAGAAGAAUGAUAUGGAGACCUCAUCACCUCAUUCUCCACACAAAUUGCAAAUUAGUUUGAAAACCAAUACCACUUCACCAACCAAAGGAGAGGUGGAACCAAACCCUAAGAAGGUUAAAUUUUAG